UUUCUGUUAGAACGAUAUCUUUUAAAUGAACGUUGCAUUGAUAAGAAAUGCAAUUAGAGUAAUUGCAAUCCGUAAUUAGAACAUUCCGAUUUCUUGAUAUUUCCACCAAUAACGUCUCAUCCGAAUUGUAACGGCGAGUACUCCAGUUCUUACAGUGGUUAAUUGGUAAAGAGGGUAUUCUCCAUGCAAAGUUAAAGUUAACUACAUUUCUCUUCGAAAACUCGUGUCUGCUAGUACUCUCAAAAUGACAGCGAAACACAUAACGUCAUUAUCUCAGGAAGAAUUUAACAAUUUCAUGCAAUCGAUUGAUGUGAUUUUAUCAGAUUGUGAUGGCGUACUAUGGAGAGAAACAGAGGUAAUACAGAAUUCACCUGAGACAGUAAAUAAAUUCAAACAAAUGGGUAAAAAGUUUUUCUACAUAACAAAUAACAAUACCAAAACCAGAUCUGAAUUUAUAGAAAAGUGUAAAAAUCUCAAGUAUGACGCAACAAUGGAUGAAAUAGUGUGUACUUCGUAUUUAGCUGCUGUGUACCUUAAAGAACAAAAAUUUGAUAAAAAAGCAUACGUAGUUGGCAGUAUUGGUAUUACUAAGGAGCUUGAAGCAGUAAAUAUUAAACAUUGUGGCAUAGGACCUGAUAUCAUGGAUGGCGAUGAGGUGGAAUUGGUAAAAAAUUUUAAGCCAGAUCCGGAAGUUGGAGCAGUUAUUGUAGGCUUUGACAAAUAUUUUAGUUUUCCUAAGCUUGCAAAAGCUGCUACUUAUUUACAAGAUCCAAGCGUUCAUUUCAUAGGAACAAAUUGUGAUACAGAAAGACCUUCCCCAAAUACUAAUAGAUUUCCAGGAACUGGAUGCUUCAUAAGAUGCAUAGAAGCAGCAUGUAACAGGGCACCAGUGAUGCUAGGAAAACCAGAAUCUUUCCUAAUUGAAUAUAUAACAAAGAAGUAUGGUUUAAAACCUGAAAGGACACUUAUGAUUGGUGAUAAUUGUUCCACGGAUAUUCUUUUUGGACAACGAUGUGGGUUUAAAACUCUUCUUGUAUUAACGGGUGUUACUACAAAAAAUGAAGUAGGUGCUAUGAAUGCACCUAAUGUAGAUUUAAAAAAUUGCAUAGUUCCGGAUUAUUAUGCAGAUGAGUUAGGUGAUGUACUAAAAAUGAUACCAUCUUGAUGAUUUUAAGAAACAAUUUUAAAACAGUUCAAUAUUAUUUAAAUUAAUCCCUUUAUUCUACAGAAUUAUAACAUAAAUUAUCGUUUUCAAUUCUGUAAUUAUUUAUACUGUUUACAUUUAUAAUUUUACUUAAUUUUAAUCAAUUGAAUGUUAUUUUUUAAAAUAUUUAUAACUGUUUGAUUGUAUUUACACAGAACAGUUUGCACACAACAAUAGAGUAUUGCAGUAUUUUUUAUAAUAAUUAAUUACCUAAUAUAUUUAAAGAAAACUGAUUCUUUUUAUUAUUAAAAAUAUCCUAUAUUAAUUAAACACAAAAUGAAGGUACAAAUGCAAUUUUCCGAAUUAAUUUCAUAUUCUGUAUUUAUAAUAGUUCUUAUUUUUAUAAUUGUUUCUGAAAGAAACUAAAGAAUUACCAAAGAGUAAUACAUAUUAUCAAGAAGAUCAAUGUUUGCGAUAGAAUUAUCAAUCAAUAGCUAAUUUUUGUUUAAAUAUUUUGGUAACAUUGUAAUAAUAUGCAUGGUUCCUGCAGUUAAUAUAUAAAUUAUCCAAUUUAGCAAUGUGAUUAUAAUUGAUAUAUGUAAUCACUAGCUGCGCUACCCGGUUCUGCCCGGGAAUUUUAAUCAACUAUUAUUAUCCCUACUUCCUUAUUCCUAUCCCUACUUCCCUAUCCCUAUCCCUGCUAAUACAUAAAAGUUAAAGUGUCUGAUCGUUUGUUCCUCUUCACGUUUACGUCACAUAGGCUAUGUCAUAUUGCGAUUUAUUAUGUUUUUUGACUAACAAAGAAGCAUUCAAGAAUUGGUUUGGUAAUACUCGGCAUUGCCACCAAGACCCCUCAGUAUGCUACACUCAUAAAAUAUAGGAAUGAUCACGAAUUCUCGCGUAUUUAUACAGAUCGCAGCCCGUGAUCCCCGCCGCGAUUGAUGUAGCCAAUUAAUAGGAAGGUGACGAUCAUAGGUGGGGAGAGAGUGAUAUUUCGGUAGACUAACAGCAGUGACGGUUGGAAAGUGUUCGACGGUGUUCUCGUAACGUCCCCAACAAUUAAAGAGCACUUUCGUAAAUUCGCCAACAGUUCAUUUUAAAUUGAAUGUUAAAAAUGGAAAACAAAUCAGCUAAAACAGACUUUAAUACAAACAGAAAUACUAUUAAAUGCAAGGCGCAUUUUUUUUUAAUGACAAAUAUUUCUUUGUCAUCUAAUACGACAUGAAUAAGAAAACGAAUGCCCAAAAAAAAAAAAAAAAAA